AUGCUCAAUAAAACAGUAUCUGAAUUAAAGUUACAAAUUGAAAAAAAGACUGACAUCCCAGUGAACAAGCAAGUUUUGCUAGUUAGUGGUGGAGGCCAUCUAGACCCAUUCAAGGCUGUUUCAUGUUAUUGUGCCGGUACUGAUACAAGCCCAUUUUUUUUGUUUAGUAAAAGACUAAUUGAUUAUCCUGAACCACCUUCUGCUUAUUUUGACACUCGACCAGAUAUAGACUUUACACGAGAACACCAUAGAACUCAAGGAAUGCCACCUACAAUAGAAGCAUUAAAUGUUAGAGUUUCUCUAGCACAACAAUAUAGUGAAAAUGCUCAAUAUAAUUUAAAUUGCAUAGAUAUCCUUAUCAAUGACCAACAUAUGAUGCAUCAAGCUGAUAUAUUUGAAAAUGAUUUUAGACGAUAUCUCAAUGGACGAGAAGAUAGUAUUAAUUUACUUAACAAUUUUAAUGAUAUUAUGGUUGAAAUUUCAAAAAUUCCUAUGCUACCAGCUCUUUUAGAAAAUAAUUCUGAAGAACGAGCACGAAUGGAUAGUUCAACAAAUGAUGUAAAAAAUAUAGUUCAUCAGUCAUUACUUGAAUGGGUAACAGCACGACAAGGAUUAACAAAUUUGGAACAUAUAGUUGAACAUUGUGAAAAUAGUUUAAAACAGUUUGAUGAAGACAUAUUAAAUUCAGUUUUACUAGAAGUAUCUGCCAUGAAUGAGUGCUCUAGUCGAAGUGAUUGUUCUGAAAUUAAAGGAUUGGAACAUAGAUUAUUUAAACUUGCCCAAAUGAUGGAUGAAAGUAAACGAUUGGCAACAGAACAAUAUAAUCUUGCUGAUACUAUAAAAAUGAAUCAUGCAAAAGCUGCUAAUGAAGGUGAUGUAUCAGUUAUAAGUGUGUUGUUAGCAUCUCACGAUAAGCAAUUAGAAAUGAUGAAUAAAAACAAUUUAGGUUUAUGUGAUAUUCGAAAUAGAAGUAUUUUAGCAAAGCAAGAACUUUGCAAUAAUUUACACCCACGACUUAAGUAA